UUUAAAAACACGUGACUUUUAGUUACAAAAACAAUGUGCAGUUUAUUCUCACGAAAAUUAUUUAAUACAAGUAGAUUUUUAUAUAAAACAUCAUAUACCAGAUCAUGUGAAAUAGUUAAAUUGUCUCGCACUAUUUUAAACAGAAGAUUGUAUUCAAAUGAUGAAUCAAAAAAAUUAACCUCUGAACAAAAUGAACAAGCAACGAAUGAAAGUUCUAACCUAGCACCCGGUAUAAAAAUGGAAUACAAAGAAUUCCGGGAUGAAGAUGCAGAAAUUAUCUUUGAUGUUGAAGAAGAAAAGGAAAAAAUUAAUUUAGAAAAAAUUAUUGCUCUCGAACAUGAAGUAGAUCCCUACGUAGAUUUAAAUCGUGAACGCGGAAUAACAGGUGUAUUUGAAAUUGAAGAGCUUGUAGAUAUUUUGAAAAAGAAUAAAGCACAAAAUAUAUUUGUUGCCCAAGUCCCACCAGAAUAUGCUUACGUUAAUCACAUUGUUAUUGUUACGGGAAAAUCACAAAAGCAUAUGAGUGCAUUAGCCACAUAUAUUAGAAAAGCAUUUAAGUUAAAAAUGCAUCCAACUGAUAUUGUACCCAAGAUUGAAGGUGAAGAUAGCAAGGAAUGGGUAGCCCUUGAUCUUGAUAAUAUUGCUUUACACAUCUUUUCAACUGACGCUCGAGAAAAAUAUGAUUUGGAAACUUUAUGGGGAAUUGGACCUGAAUAUGACAAAAGUGAAGAACAAUCUGGUGAAGAUGAAUUCAUUAAUAGAUAUAAAGAAUUUCUUGCUACUUUACAACCAGCUGAUUUUCAUGAAUCUAAGUCAAGUUCGACUUGAAAAUAAAAUUCUUAAUUUAAAUUCAUUAUAAUAUUGAUUAAUUUCAAAUAAAUAUCAGAUAUUUAUUUA